AUAAAAUGUAAACACGCAACGGAAACCAGAAGUUUUCGGCAGUUUUGCGACGGUUUUCUGUAGAAAAUGAAAAAUUACAAGCCGGAAUUUCGAAUUAAUUUCAUUGUAUGAAGAUUUGUAUUCAAAAUGGGUCUUAAAUUGUCGAAGAGAAAAUUGGUCACCUACGAGUAAUUCGGUUCUGUAUCAGAUAAACUUGUUCAUUCGCAUCAAUAUUUUUAGUAUUAUGCCAAAUAAUUGAAGAGAGCUUGAUUUAGGUACACUUUGAAGCCUCUCAGUUCACUCGAAGCGAUCAAGGAAUACAGAUUUUGAAAGAAAACGCCAUAUCGACCAUUUUUAAUCAAAAUAUCCUAAAAAAACAUCGUACAUCUGCUGAGAUGAAAGCCUCGCCAGCUGAAUGCUUGGAACCAAUUCCAUCUGCGAUAGUUGAAACAAUACUUCAGUCAUCCAGUGAUUCAGAAUCUUCAGACGAUGCUUCUAUCAACCCAAAGAAAUUACCGGUGGAACCAGUGAAAGCUCAAGAGCAUUCAAACGAUGAAUCAAAUAAUACUAAAACUGAAUACUAUGGCAGAAAUAGAAUUUGUUACGUUUGCCAGAAUUCCGGCGGCGAUGACGUUCGAUUUUUUUCGUUUCCAUCGAAUGCAAAAAUGUUUUCAUUAUGGACAUCUGCUUGUAACAUUGAUCCGGACCGUGUCUUCCCAGGUGAUUUAAUAUGCAGUCGUCACUUCAGACCCGAAGAUAUUCCUCAUAAAAAUUCUGAAAGAAAACGAUACGUUUUGAGACGUGAUGUGGUGCCUAUUCGUGUUAAUGAGAUGGUCGUUCUCGAUCACGAUUAUUCUAAUUUGUAUUCACCUGAGGACCCAAUGGAUGAAAGUAAUCAAGAAAAAAACAUUUCACAGUUUGAUUCUCCAAAGCCAGAGUUACCUACCAUUCGAGUUGAUUGUGAACCUAACAAUAACUCGAAUGUUACGAAAUUACAUAAUUCUAUUGAAAAUGUGCCUUGUGAUGUGGACGCUAGUGAUAGUAUAUCAGUUCCAGAGAAAAUUCCUGAACAAAAAUGUACUGAAAAUAAGCCUUGUGAAGUCGUCGUCGCUAAUGAUGUUAUAUCAGUUCCAGAGAAAAUUCCUGAACAAAAAUGUACUGAAAAUGUGCCUUGUGAAGUCGUCGUCGCUAAUGAUGUUAUAUCAGUUCCAGAGAACAUUCCUGAACAAAAAUGUAGACGAUGGCCACGUCGUUACGUCGGAGAAUUCAAAGAAGAAGAUAUGGAUGAUCCCAGAUUGGCCAAAUUAUUUUAUACGAUAGCGACGCAACACAUAACUAAAAAACGUCGUUUGAUUCAUAAUCUUCAUAAAAAAGUACGAAGUCUUCGAAACAAAUUAGAAUUACCAUGUAAAAGAAAGCUAAGUGAAGAUUCAAGUCGCCGAAAAAAAUUACCCCGUGGAGGAAAUUUGAGUGAAGAUUCGGAUUCUGAUUACGAAGUUAUUACUGUUACUUCUCCGUAUGAUUAAUUUGAUCAAAGUCGAGCUUUUUGUCUCAUCUUGACCAAGGUAUGUUUUCCUUACAGGCAGGGCUUGUACUCGGUUACUUUUUAAGUAACCAAGUUACUAAAGUUACUAAUAGUAACUUUUGGUUACUUUUUAAAAAUUUUGGUUACUAAAAGUUACUUUUUCCGAGUUUUUUUCACAAAUUUCCUUUUUUUUUCUUCAAAAUUUUACCCAGAACUCUUUUUCUUUUCAUCAAAAAUGAUGCUGUUUUACCUCUCAGGAAUUGUGAAUUUUCAAAAGCUUUUGCCCUCGCUUCGCUCGGGCUUUUAUUCAUAUUUCUAUGAAUAUACGUAAUAAUCUCCUGAAAAAUUAAAAAUUUUGAAGCCACGAAAAUCAACUUCUUGCUUGAAAAAUGAGGUUGUUUUAUGUUUCGAAUCAUAAAUUUUUCGCAGCUUUCGCCCUCGCUUCGCUCGGGCAGAUAUAAAUUCUACUAUUACAAUUUUCAAACAUUUCCUAAAAUGGAAAAAUGAACUCGACAAAUUCCAAAAACAUAAUGUAAUCAAUAUCUGACCAAUUAUUUGGAAAAUCAUGUUGGGGGGAGGGGGUAGAGUAAACGUUGGGAAAAUUUAGCGUGAAAAGUUGGGCGAAUUUCAGUCUCCCCCCCCCCCCCCUCCAACACAUCGCUUCAUCAGACCUCUGAAAAUAAAAUGUAGUAGUUUAAAGUUUUGUAUGGAUUAGAGUUUUUCGGUCACCUCACCUCUAUUUUUUGCAUUGAAAAUUUUUUUGGUCACUUUUUUUGGUUACUUUUUGGUUACUUUUUCCAGCUUUUUUGGUUACUAAAGUUACUUUUUUUGAGAAAAAUUUGAGUACAAGCCCUGUUACAGGACGAGAUGAAGAAAACCUUUACAACUCGUCAAUUCCCAUCGAGCCGAAAUUUGGCUCGUUGAAAGUGUCUGUAAUCCAGACCUCAAAACCAAAUUUUUAGCUGGUGAAGUGAAUUUUUCAAUUUCUGGUGAAUUUUUAAAAAUUACAAAAAUAGUCUACUAGUAUCUACAAAAAGAGUAGUGCAUAGAAGUUUCAGAUUUUCAUCUCAUGUUUGCUCUUUUUGCAAAAAAUAUCCCAUUCGGCUAUUUCAAAAAAUAUCACCAAAAUUUUAAAAUUUUAAAAUUUUACUUUAGCUGCUGAAAAUUUGGUUCUUAGAUCUGGGUGACAUGCUCUUCCAUUGAGUCAAAUUUCAGCUUGAUUGGAGGUGAAGAGUUGUAAAUGUUCCCUUAUUAGUAUAUUUUUUUCAUUUUGUAUUUUUUUAAAAAACAUUUUCUUGAAAUGAUCUCUUUUUAGAAAGAAAAUAGGAACAAAGUCAUAUGCCUAACAACUGAAAAAAUGCUUAAAAUUACAAAAUAUUUAUUUAAAUAUGGAGACACGACGAUGAAUGAUGUAAAAAUGUGAUGCGAAAUAUAUGAAACUAUUUAACAAGUCAAUCCUUGUCCCUCGUUCUUGAUUAUCAAUGUCCGAACAAAAUCAGCCACACUUUCAUUUAAACCGAGAUUCUCAACUUCUUCGUUGAAACCUUUGAGGUUGCCUUGUCCAUAAACAUAACCAUUCAAUCUAGCAGCUAAAUGAGAUCGUUUAAAAUCAGUUCCAGAUUGCAAGCCUACUGCCUUGCAAAGCCAAGGAUGCUGUUGCAAUCUGUAUUUUUGAUGAUAACUGAAAUUCAAAAAAAAAAAACCAAAUGAAAUAGGUACCCAUCUACAUUAAAAUAUCCCCACUUAAUUAACUAAAAGCAAUGUAAUCUUACUCUUCAGCAUCGUAGAAUGUGCUGGCUGGUAAGAUUUCAGUCACUAGAGGUUGACCAACUUCAUUUUCUUUUUCUUUGAAUGAUUUUUCAGCGAUUUGUUUCUGUUCUUCGUCGUGGUAAAAAAUCAACGAAGUGUACUAGCAUUGAAAAAAAAGAAACAUUGUGUAAAUGGUACUGAUGGUGGAAAAAAUCCAAUCAUUUCGUCAUGUGGUGAUGAAUACAUACUUGUCUCUUCAUCUUAGAAGUUGGGUCGUGAUUCUUCCAGAAAAUAUCGAGUAAUUCUUCGUAUUGAAUUGCAUUGGGAUUGUAAUCGAUCAGGAUUGACUCGGUAUGGUCUCCUCUGUCAACAUCCAUGUUUCCGGUAUGUUGGAUUUUGUGCUGUGCCACCACUAUAACCCACUCGUGUUCUUAUGACGCCGUUUUGAACACCAAAAAUGCAAUCUGGAGACCAGAAACAAGCCAUAGCAAACGUAGCUUGUUUGGUAGGUAUGUCAACAUCAUGUAACAAUGAAGUCAUUUUCUGGAAGCAGAUCAUCAUGAUAAGUUUGACUAUGUAUAAAUAAUCAAAGCAUAGUAAUUAUUUAGGUGAAAAAAUAUUUAGAGCAUAAAGUUGUGUAAUAGUAUUAAUAUUCAUCACCAAACACUCGAAUUGAAAACCUACAAAUACGAGUAUGUGUUGUAUAAAUCCAAUUACACAUUCUCAUUUUUAAAA